GAAAAGAAUUCUUACAAAUAAAAUUAAAAAACAAAUUCGAACAAAAUUUCGAAAAAUAUUCGAAAAUUUUCGAAAUUCUAAAUUCCAAAAUUAUUUCGAAAAAACUUCAAAAGUAAUUUUAAAAGAUAUUCCAAACAAAAUUUUGCAUUAAUCCGGCGUCACACGCUAAUGUCCAUUUUUUCGAUAAUUAGCGCUUAAGUGCAAUAAAUAAAAAAAAAAUAAAUACUUAACUAAAUACAAACAAAAAAUUAAGCAAAAAAUUGUUUAACACGCAAUUGCGUAAGAAAAUUUUGAAAUUUAAAAAUAUUUUGUGCAUUAUUUGCGUAAUUAUAUAAGCGUAAUUGUAAAAUAAUACUUGAAAGGCAUAAUUAACUGUGUGCUUCUUCUUCUCCAUCCAUAUUAGUUAAAAGCUAAAGCUUAAGUGAACAAGUUCGAGGUGUUUGAGGCGUAAAUAUAAAUAAAGAUUUUACAGCUUUUGGUGAACUUUAAAUGCCAGCAGCUGGUUAAUACAAGAAAAUAAAACCAAAAAAGCUGCAAUAAAAACAAAAAGGAUUUAUGCAUAAAAUUAAAAAUCACUCAGUCAUACAGCACGCUAUAUAAAACAAAAAAAAAAAAAAUAAAAAUACAGUUAUUAAUGAAAAUAUAUCAAUAAAAAUCAUUAAAGUAUUUACAAGUCCGCAGCAAAGCAAUGUAAAACUAGAAAAAAUUAAAUAUUAAAUAAAAUAAUAAAAAAAAUAACAAACAGCGCCAACAAAAACAAAAAUAAAGAAAAAAUAUUGAAAAACAAAUUCAAGCUUGUGAAACACCCUAUACAGCAGUCAAAAAUAUUUAUUAGUUACAACAAAAACUAAAAGUUAAAUAAAUUAAUUUGUAAACGUUGCAUUUGCAACUGUGUGCAACGAAAAAACAACAACAAAAAACUUCACUUUCAAAAACUCUUUUCAAUUUGACAAGCAACCAACACAGACGUACACACGUUGCAACAAGAAAAGUGCUAAAUAGAAUUUGCAACUCACGCGCUUUUCCAAUUUCCAUUUAUAAACGUUAAGCAGCAAGAGCAUAUGCAUAAUAACAACAACAAACAGUGCUAACAACAACUGCAUAGACAAAGUGGAGUCGUGUGCCACAACUUGCAGGCGACCAAACAAAAAACAAAACACAAAAUAAACUGUAAAUAAAACAACAACAACUGAGAAAAUUUAGUGCAGCAAAUUGUGCGCUCUCUUCUAGAAGACGAAGCGCUGCCGCAAUUCGCGUACAUCAGUUAGUCAACAACGGCGCUUGCCACAAGUGACACACAGCAACACGCCGCAAGGCCGCAAGUAGUUUACGUUGAGAGGAGCAGUGCAACGCGUCACAGCCGGUAAAGUAGAGCAUUGUGUAGCGAGCGAAGAAGUAUUGAACAAGUUUUUGAAAUUGUUUUCGAAUGAAUUUUUAUAUACGAUUUUUAAGCAUUUCUGUGAAUGUGAUUUAGUGCGUACUUGAAAACCCGCAAACUAGCCAAGACACAAACCAGUUAAAGUAAAAUUCCCCCGCAUAAAACCAAAAAAUACAAAACUAAGAAAGAAAAGACUGAUUUUGAAUUGAAAGCUUCCAAGAAGUAUUCAAAUCAAAGUAAACGUGUGUGUAAGUUGAGUGUUGAGCACAGCGUCGAGCUGAAGCUGUAACAAUCGUAGAAUUGUGUGGUUUCCAAAACGACAACAAUUCACGCUGCGUGUAUUUAAAGCAGGUUCCUGUCAAACAGUAGCGUUUAAAAGUGACGAAAUUGUAAAGAAUAAAUUGUGUGUGAAAUACUUAAAAAGCUGUGACUAAAACAAAAACUACAGAGCUGCAAAACAAAUCGACAAAAACUAAAAUUGAAAAAAAAAAAAUAUUGAAAUCUCACUAAAUUUAAUUGAAAACACGUUUUAGGACAACGCCGCGCUGCCGCUGUAGCGCCACAACAGUACACCGCAAAAAAAAAAAAUCUAACCAAAUACCGUAAGCCGACUUUAGCGCGCCACACACACGAGACGCCGCAAACCAUGGCCAACGGCAACGGCAACAAUGCCAGCGUCGCCGCUACUAAUGGUGAAGGCAACGGUUUGGCAACCAAUGGCGGCACAACCACAACUACUACGACCAACGGCACUGGCACAACAGUGGCAGAGCACUUGAAUGGCGGUGGCGCUGUGAAUACCACCAACGCAACGGCUGGCAUGGGUUUGGCGGAUGCUUUGGAAGCUGUUGACGCAGCCGCAGCUGGUGAUGCAACAGUUGGCGGCGGUGUGGUGGGUGAUGGUGGCGGUGUUGGUGGCGUUGUUGGUUUGGGCGGUGCCGCUUCCACCUCAUCAAUGGGCGGCGAUGAUGCUGGCACCGAUGCGGGCGCCAGCUCAUUGCCACCGUCCGAAGAGGCGGGCGGUCGUCCACCACUCGAUACCGCUUGCUCUGAUGGCGGUGGUGGUCCAUCGAGUUUGGGCGGUGGCAUGGUUGGGCCACCUAGUCCACUAACCGGUUGUUAUUUGCUGAUCGUGUUGGGUGAGCCACAUUCGGAGGAGCAUAAGGAUAAUAUAUUGCAGCAUUUGUUGAAAGGUUUCCUCUCAUGGGACGUCGGUGAUUGUCACGUUGAUUUGGAAGAGGAAUUGAAUACGAUCACGCAACAUGCACCUGAGGGAGAGGAAGCUCGUCACGGCGAACGACUCAUUCAGUAUGCUAGUGAGAAUCUAGUCACUGAAGUGCUUAUACACCCUCAGUACAAUACACUCAUACAAUGUAUGCGUAAUCUACUGAGUAGUUUCACAAGACAUCGUCACAUUAUACACGCUGGCUAUACGUUCUCUGGCAAUGGUUCCUGGAUCUUACAGGAUGGAACCUUCUCCGUCUCCGACUUCUCGGAGGCGUUUCAGGAACACGAUGUACAGCGUGUCAUACGUGCCUACGCCGACACGAUUACAAUGAAUAUCCAUUGCGCCGAUGCCGGUCACUGGCACAGCUUGCCACACAAAAGUUUUGCACGCCUCUGUAAAAUACGCAUUAAUCCCGUUGAUGUUUUGGACACCAGCAGUGAGGGCAUCAAUGCCUUUAUUGACUAUCUUGCACCAAUGCUUGUGCCCACAUCACUGCGCGAACUGCUUGAGACCUCGGAUGUUGUGGGUAAUAUACGCUUUACGCAUCCAACACUGUAUGUCUUCCCGGGUGGACAGGGCGAUGCUGCUCUCUUCGGCAUCAAUGGUUUUAAUAUGUUGGUCGAUGGCGGUUUUAAUCGCAAAGCUUGCUUUUGGGAUUUCGUGCGACACCUAGAUCGCUUGGAUGCCGUCCUCAUGACACGCAUUAAUAAUAGUAAUAUACAGGGUAUCAGUUCGGUAGUGUCACGCAAGCGUGAUGCACACGUUUAUCCACAAAUUGGGCAUUUCUUCGGCAAUGUUCCCGAUCGUAAAGGUGGUUUGCCCAGUCCCGAUGGCGAUAAGGAUCGCGAUCCUUUGUUGGUUGAUCUCUUUGAGCAUGGUCACAAUUUGGUAAGCGAUCUUAAGUCGUUGGACUUGAAACCACAAACCUGCUAUCGCAACCAAGAUCCAAUCAAUUUGUAUCACAAAGUUGGUCACGGCACAUUGGAUAUGUAUGUCAUUAGUCCGGCCCGUGACUCGAAAGAAGUGAAAGAGUUCUUAUCGAAGUGGCAUUCUGGCGAUCAGCGUCUCUUUGCUGCACGCGAUACUCGCGAAUUUAACUUCCCGCUACAAAAUUUGGUUUCGAUCUGCGCACUGCUGGUAUGGCAACCAGCCAAUCCAGAUGACACCAUCACCCGUAUACUCUUCCCAGGUAGCACACCUGACUUCAAGAUACAAGAGGGUUUGGAAAAACUCAAGCAUCUGGAAUUCAUGAAACACUCUACCUGCACUGCCAAAUCGAUUGCACCAGCUAUACAGACUGUGGUGACCACACGCAAAACUUUCAAAUCCGCCAUCGGUGCGCCUAUUGAGCCACUGAGCGUAACGUCCAAACCUAAAUUCGCACCAGUUGCUGCAGCCGCUGUAGCUGUACAGCAAGAUAACAAAACUAAAGAGGCCGCAGCUGCCGCGGCUGCUGCACAAGUCAUCGAAGAGACCAAAGUCGAGAAAGUAGAGGCUGAGGAGAAAAUUAUAUUGCCAAAGAAGGAAGACUCUGUAGACACUGAUGAACCUGCUGCCGAGACUGGCGAUGAGGCUGUGCCUGAGCCAGCUGUAGAGGUUGAGAGCAAGGAGGAAGACAAACCAGAUGGUGAAACUGCAGAAGAGGACAAUAAAGAAAAGGAAGCCGAAACUGAGAAGAAGGUUGAGGUAGUAAUCGUAAAACCACAGCCACAAGCUGCACCACAGAAAGAAGAAACACCAACACCAGAAGUAAUUAAGCCAAGCAGAGUUGCCAAAGGCAAGGCGGACAAACCACGCGCCGAAGUCAAGCCUGUGAUACGUUCACGCAUCGAUACUAAACCGCCCAAAUCUAUGGAACGUAAGAGUAUUAGAAAGGACUUGGCUGCUGACAAGAAGGCUUCACCAACUGCUACGCCACGUAAAGAACCUGCAGCACCGAAACCUGCCACAGCACGUGACGUAAAACCACGCGUUGUUACACGUGCCACCAAAUCAAGUCCCAGUAGCACGCCAGCCAAAAGCGCAAAAGACGCUAACAAUCGCAAGGUGCUCGAAUCGAAGCAGCAAGCGACACGACAAGUUACCAGCACUUCCACUACUACGACUACACGUCGCGAAAUGACGCGCACCACUGCUGCGGAACGCAAAGAAUCACGCACACAACAACAGCAAGUUCAACAGCGCAAGCCGAUUUCACGACGUCCACGUGGCGCUUCGCCCACGAAACGUGCACCCGGCAGUCCAAUUAAAUCGGCUAAGCCCAAAGCAGACUUGAAGAAAUCACGUCUGGACAAGGGUGGUACCACAGAUUCCAGUCUGGUAUCAACGCCAUCCGCAGACGAAGCCGUUGCUGCUAAAAAGCUGCAGGAUCUGACCGCUUCGCAAGAGCUCGAUGCUGAAAAGCAACGUGAACUCGACGAUCUUAAGGAAGAACAAGAGGUUGUACGUGAAAUCGAAGCAGUCUUCAGCCGUGAUGAAAUGAAACGUCAAAAGCAAUUGGCAGCUGAAAUGCGUGAAAUGUCUAAACAGGAUAGCACUACUGAGGCCGAAGAAGAGGAGGAGUAUUUGAUAAUUGAAAAGGAGGAAAUCGAUCAGUAUACCGAGGAUUCGAUUGUAGAGCAAGAAAGCAGCAUGACGAAAGAGGAAGAAAUUCAGAAACAUCAACGCGAUUCGCAAGAGUCGGAGAAGAAACGAAAAAAGAGCGCAGAGGAUGAAAUCGAAGCCGCUAUUGCUAAAGUCGAAGCCGAGGAACGUAAGGCACGGCUCGAAGAUGCAGCUGCUGAUGAAGCACCUGAAGCACCUGAAGAACCAGAAGCUGCAAUAGAGGCGGGCGAGGAACAAGUUGAAGAACCCGAACAUAAAAUGACUACACCGGAGAAGUCAGAAAUCAAAGCCGAAGUACAAGAAAUAAUCACCACAGCCAAGGAUAUAGUAACAACACGCACUGAAGAGCAGAUGAUCAAAGUGGAGGAUGAACUCUCUUCACCCACGCCUGAGGACAAAAUAAGCAGUGCCAAGAAAACUUCCGACACCAAAGAUGAACUUAUUGAACAACCUGAAAUUAUACCUGCCAAUUUACAAGAGAGUUUACCUGAAGAAAAGUUCUCGGCAACAAUCGAGUCUGGCGCUACUACAGCACCAACGUUGCCCGAGGACGAACGCAUACCUCUGGAUGAAAUCAAGGAAGAUUUGAUAAUCGAAGAGAAAUACGUUAAAGAAGAAACCAAAGAAACCGACCAAGCGGUAGGAUAUGAAGUGGCAGUUGUUGAGCCAAUUGCACCUGUUGCAACUGCAGCCGGUAUUGUCAUUAAGCGCAUUGCUGAGCCUACGAUUGCUGGUUUAGCUAUUGCAGAGCGUGUAUUGCCAAUGAAGAUGACUUUUGAAGCACAACAAAAUUUGCUGCGCGAUGUUGUUAAAACUCCAGAUGAGGUGGCCGAUUUGCCUGUACAUGAAGAAGCAGACUUGGGUGUCUACGAAAAGGAUACACAAGAAAGCGGUAAAAUCAUCUCGCAUAAAGAGGAAAUUACAAAGGAAGAGAAAGAAACUGAAGAAAAGGAUAUAUGCGAAGGUAAAGAUGCUGACAUUGAAGAUGAAGUAGAAUCAGCACCAGAAUUAGAAGACAAGGUCAAAGAUGAAAAGGUGCUAGAGAAGCCCGUUUCCCCUCUUGCACAAAAACCAACGCCAACAACAGAUGAAAUGGCGAUAUCUCCUGCAGAAAAGAAAUCUCCUGCUGAAAAGCUCACUUCUCCUCUAGAAAAAGUAGCUGCAACUACCGAUAAACCCGAAUCUUCUAUUGAGAAAGAAGCGCUGAAAGCAGAAGAUGGUUUAACUGAGAAGACUCCUUCACCAGCAGAAAAAUCGUUGUCUCCAACUGAAAAGGAGGCACCACAACUUGAGAAAGUAGCCUCAACUGCUGAAAAGCCUGCAACUCCAGUUGAGAAGGAAGCGCUGAAAGCAGAAGAUGGUUUAACUGAGAAGACUCCUUCACCAACAGAAAAACCGUUGUCUCCAACUGAAAAGGAGGCCCCACAAGUUGAGAAAGUAACCUCACCUGCUGAAAAGCCUGCAUCCCCAGUUGAGAAGGAAGCGCUGAAAGUUGAAGUUGGAUUAACUGAGAAGGCUCCUUCACCAGCAGAAAAGUCGGUGUCUCCAACUGAAAAGGAGGCACCACAAGUUGAGAAAGUGACUUCACCUGCUGAAGAGCCUGCAUCCCCAGUUGAGAAGGAAGUGCUGAAAGUAGAAGUUGAAUUAACUGAGAAGGCUCCUUCACCAGCAGAAAAAUCGGCGUCUCCAAGUGAAAAGGAGGCACCACAAGUUGAGAAAGUAACCUCACCUGCUGAAGAGCCUGCAUCCCUACUUGAGAAGGAAGCGCUGAAAGCAGAAGAUAUUUUAACUGAAAAGGCUCCUUCACCAGCAGAAAAACCGUUGCCUCCAACUGAAAAGGAGGCCCCACAAGUAGAGAAAGUAACCUCACCUGCUGAAAAACCUGCAUCCCCAGUUGAGAAGGAAGCGCUGAAAGUAGAAGUUGGAUUAACUGAGAAGGCUCCUUCACCAGCUGAAAAGUCGGCGUCUCCAACUGAAAAGGAAGCCCCACAACUUGAGAAAGUAGCCUCAACUGCUGAAGAGCCUGCAUCCCCAUUUGAGAAGAAAGCGUUGAAAGCAGAAGAUAUUUUAACUGAGAAGGCUCCUUCACCAGCAGAAAAACCGUUGUCUCCAACUGAAAAGGAGGCCCCACAAGUUGAGAAAGUAACCUCACCUGCUGAAAAGCCUGCAUCCCCAGUUGAGAAGGAAGCGCUGAAAGUAGAAGUUGGAUUAACUGAGAAGGCUCCUUCACCAGCAGAAAAGUCGGUGUCUCCAACUGAAAAGGAGGCACCACAAGUUGAGAAAGUAACCUCACCCGCUGAAGAGCCUGCAUCCCCAGUUGAGAAGGAAGCGCUGAAAGUAGAAGUUGGAUUAACUGAGAAGGCUCCUUCACCAACAGAAAAACUGUUGUCUCCAACUGAAAAGGAAGCCCCACAAGUUGAGAAAGUAACCUCACCUGCUGAAAAGCCUGCAUCCCCAGUUGAGAAGGAAGCGCUGAAAGUAGAAGUUGGAUUAACUGAGAAGGCUCCUUCACCAACAGAAAAACUGUUGUCUCCAACUGAAAAGGAAGCCCCACAAGUAGAGAAAGUGACCUCACCUGCUGAAGAGCGUGCAUCCCCAGUUGAGAAGGAAGCGCUGAAAGAAGAUGGUUUAACUGAUUUAACUGAGAAGGCUCCUUCACCAGCAGAUAAGUCGGCGUCUCCAACUGAAAAGGAGGCCCCACAAGUUGAGAAAGUAACCUCACCUGCUGAAGAGCCUGCAUCCCCAGUUGAGAAGGAAGCGCUGAAAGCAGAAGACGUUUUAAUUGAGAAGGCUCCUUCACCAGUAGAAAAAUCGUUGACUCCAACUGAAAAGGAGGCCCCAGAAGUUGAGAAAGUAAUCUCACCUGCUCAACAGCCUGCAUCCCCAGUUGAGAAGGAAGCGAUGAAAAUAAAAGAUGUUUUAACUGAAAAGGCUCCUUCACCAGCAGAAAAAUCUGACGCUCCAACAGAAAAGGAAAUCCCUCAAGGGGAGAAAGUACCCUCACCAGCUACUUCUCCUAUGAAAAUAGCAGAAGAUAUAACAAGUGAAAAGACUCCUUCUCCAGCAAUAACAUCGGUUUCUAUAAUAGAGAAAGAAACUAAAGAAGUAGAUAAAGUAACUCCUCCAGCAGAAAAGGAAGCAUUACCUGAAAAGAAAACGGAUAUUGUAGCUGACGAUCUGAGAGUUGAAUCAGAAAAGGAUAUUACAUCGGCAGACAAAGGAACCACUGAAAAAGUUGCUGAAAGCGUACCUUCCCCAGAUGAUAAACCAACUUCUCCGGUAAAGAAAGACGGUACUCCAACCAAUAAGAUACCUGAGGAACCAAAGUCCACCAUAGAGUUAGAAGUACAAAAGAAAGAUAUUUCGAUCUCUGCUGCAGAAAAACCAGCAUCUUCAUUAGAGUCUCAGGUGUUGCCCUCAUAUUUAGAGAUAUCUGGUGAGAAACCAGUUUCUGAUGAAAAAGACAUAUCUCCUAAAGAUAAAGUGUCAUCACCGGUUGAAAAAACAACAGUCACAGAAGAGUCAAAGAAAUCUACAAGCACACCUGAAGAAAAAGAUGGCAGUGAAAUUACAUCAGAAGACGAACUUCCAGCACACGUACUUGCAGCUAUUGAUACUACUAAGCCAAAAGACAAGGACGACACAGUUUCAAUAGAGAGUCCAGCCACCAUCGAAGAGGCUAUUGAAGUUGAAAUGCAGAAGUCCCAAGCAAGUAGAAAAGCAUCUCGGGAAAUCCAAGAAAAUGAAGUUAAAGUGGGUUCCCGCAAAGCUUCCAUAGUGUUAGAUGAAAAAGAAGAGAAAGAAGAAAAAUCUGUACUUUCUACAAAAGAAAAAUCUCCUGCCGAAAGUAUCAAAGAUGAGAAAUCUGUUCCCGCCUCCAAAGAAGCUUCACUGCCGGGUUCAACAGCAGAAAGUAUUAAGGAUGAAAAAUCCCCCUUUGCAUCCAAAGAAGUGUCGCGGCCAGCUUCUAUUGCAGAAAGUAUUCACAGUGAAGCUGACAAAUUCGAAGCAGAAACUGUUUCGUCUCCGGUUGAUACAGCACCAACGAAAAUUGAUCCCUCUGAACUUACUUUGGACAUAGAAGUUGUAAAACUGGAUACCAAACUACCAACAUCGUCAAGUCCUGUUGAUGUAGCGGAAGGUAAGUUCCCGGAAGUUAAAGACACAUUUGUAGAAACAGAAAAAGGACACGCUGAAAGCACUACCAUUUGCGGAGCACAGACCAUUUCCAGUCCUGUAGAUGAAGCGAAAGAUUUAAUCACAGAGACUACUAUUGCUUCGCGUCCGGAAAGUCCUGAAGCUGAAAAAUCACCAGUCAUCUCCAAAGAACCAUCCCGACGACAAUCAGGAACUGAUGCUCUAAAAGCAGUCCCAAAAGACGAAUCACCCGUUGAAAGCAUUAAAGACGAAACAUCGCCCAUCGCUUCAAAGACGGAUACAGCUGAUGAAUCUCUCAAAGAUGAAAAGUUAUCGGAAGUAUUAACAAAAACUGCCCAACCAACUUCCAUAUUCCAUGGUGGAGAAAAAGAACAAUUACAUCUUGAUACAAAGGAAGCGUCACAGCCAGAAUCAGCCAUAGAGUCUUUGAAAGAUGAAAAAUCUCCAAUCCCAUCAGAAGAAGUAUCUCGUCCUGAAACUGUUGCAGAGAUAGCACAUGAAGGCGUAGAUCAUGUUAUUCACUCAGAAACCGUUUCAUCGCCAGUGGAUAAGGCCCCCACUAAGUUAGAUCCUGCAGAACUAAAACUUGAUUUAGAUACUGUUAAACCAGACACUAAGCUUCCGACAUCUUCCAGCCCUGUAGAUGUUGCCGAUGGUGACUUCCCAGAAGUAAAGAAAUCUGUUGAAUCUGUUGAAUAUAAAAAGGCUCCGGCAGAAAAAACAACGGUAGGAGUUAUAGGAACUGUAUCCAGUCCAGUUGAUGAAGCAAAAGAGUUAACUGCAAUUAUUACUGACGAGAUGACACGUGCUGAAAGUCCUGAGGGGGCAAAAACUCCCGCAGUCUCUAAGGAAAGUUCUCGACGACCCUCUGCCGGAGACAAAGACGCAUCUGUAUCUGCAUCGACGGCAGAGAGCACAAAGGACGACAAAUCUACGGCUCCUUCUGCAGAACCCUCACGACCAGAAUCCAUUGCUGAAAGCAUUAAAGAUGAUAAGUCGCCACUCGCAUCAAAACCUGCAUUGGAAGUAGAGAGUGUAAAGGAUGAAAAAUCAGCUCCUCCUUCUGUAGAAACCUCACGUCCUGAUUCCGUGGCUGAGAGUGUGAAAGAAGAGAAAUCGGUACUCGCUUCAAAGCCUGGAUCGGCGGUAGAGAGUGAGAAGGAUGAAAAAUCUGCUGCUCCUUCUGCUGAACCCUCACAACCUGAGUCCCUGGCUGAGAGCAUUAAAGAUGAAAAGUCACCACUCGCUUCAAAACCUGCAUCGUCAGUCGAGAGUGAGAAGGAUGAAAAAUCGGUUGCUCCUUCAGCUGAGCCCUCUCGUCCUGAAUCCGUGGCUGAGAGUAUUAAAGACGAUAAGUCACCACUAGCAUCAAAGCCUGUAUCGGCAGUAGAGAGUGAGAAGGAUGAAAAAUCUGUUGCUCCUUCUGCUGCACCCUCACAACCUGAGUCCCUGGCUGAGAGUAUUAAAGAUGAUAAGUCACCACUCGUUUCAAAACCUGCAUCGGCAGUCGAGAGUGAGAAGGAUGAAAAAUCGGUUGCUCCUUCAGCUGAGCCCUCUCGUCCUGAAUCCGUGGCUGAGAGUAUUAAAGAAGAUAAAUCACCACUAGCAUCAAAGCCUGUAUCGGCAGUAGAGAGUGAGAAGGAUGAAAAAUCUGUUGCUCCUUCUGCUGAGCCCUCACAACCUGAGUCCCUGGCUGAGAGUAUUAAAGAUGAUAAGUCACCACUCGCUUCAAAACCUGCAUCUGCAGUCGAGAGUGAGAAAGAUGAAAAAUCGGUUGUUCCUUCUGCUGAGCCCUCACGUCCUGAAUCCGUCGCUGAGAGUAUUAAAGAUGAUAAGUCACCACUCGCUUCAAAGGCUGCAUCGGCUGUCGAGAGUGAGAAGGAUGAAAAAUCGGUUGCUCCUUCAGCUGAGCCCUCUCGUCCUGAAUCCGUGGCUGAGAGUAUUAAAGAUGGUAAGUCACCACUCGCAUCAAAACCUGCAUCUGCAGUCGAGAGUGAGAAAGAUGAAAAAUCGGUUGUUCCUUCUGCUGAGCCCUCACGUCCUGAAUCCGUAGCUGAGAGUAUUAAAGAAGAUAAAUCACCACUAGCAUCAAAGCCUGUAUCGGCAGUAGAGAGUGAGAAGGAUGAAAAAUCUCAGGUAGCUUCUAAGGAAAUAUCUCGAUCUGAAUCACCCAAAGAUGAAAAAUCCGAAUCCAUAGAAACCGCACCUGUGGUUAGCAAGAAUGAGAUUGAAACCGUUUCAUCGCCUGUAGAUCGAGCGCCAAUAAAAAUGGAAGAUUUACAGCUGGCAUUGGACUUGGAAAGUGCAAAGUUAGGUGCCAAACUGCCAACGAAGUCAAGCCCUGUAGAUGUAGCGGACGGUCAUUUUCCCGAAUCCGUAAUUGAAACCAGCAAAUUAUCUGAUCUAACAAGUGCUCCAGCAGAAAGUGCUGUGCUGAGUGUUACAGAUACAGUUUCAAGUCCUGUUGAUGAAGCUAAAGAUUUAAUUGAUAUCAGUGAAGUUAGGCAAGCAGUUUCUAUAGCGUUUGCUGAAACACUAAUUGACCUUGGCAAAGGGCUAAUGGAGGCAACCGAAAAACUUAGCGAGGAAAAGAAAGUCAUAGAAACUGACUCCAAAACGAUCGAUAUUAGCAAAGUUGUAAAAGAAACGACAGAAGAAUCCAUAAAAACCAGUUCGGAAGAAGCUAUUAAGGAUAUUGACGGAGAAACUGUUGUCAUCGCAAAAGAAACUGACACAAAAUGUCAUGAAAUCAGUGAAAAACUUGAGAGCAAGUUAAAGGUUGCAGUCGAAGAAACAAUUGAGAUCACAGAAGAAGUUACUAAAGUCAGAGAUGAAGCUAGCGCGAUAGCUGAAGUGCUAAAAGAAGCAGUAGCUGAUGAAGUUAAGUCGGUUGCCGAUAAAUCGAUUGAACUAAUUGAAGCUAUAAGCGAGAUUAUUGAAGAUAAGGCCGUGACUACAACUGAGGAGAUAAGCAGGGCUAUAGAAAUCACAAAAGAGGCAAUUGAAGACAAAACCAAAGAUGUUGAUGAAAAGAUAAGGGGUACAGUUGAAGAAACUUCCAUAGCAGUCGGCGAAAUAAAAGAAGGGAUGACAACAACGAUCAAAGAAGACACUUUUAAGGAAGUCGAAGAUAUUACACAUAUAGUGGAAGAUAAAGCAAAGAUUGUACUCGAUGAAGCUGCUAAAACUAUCGACAAAAUAACCGAAUCGAUAAAAGUUAAAACAGAGAGUGGCUUCGAAGACACCACCAUGGCAGUCGCAGAACUUAAAGACACAGUCGAAGAUAGAACGACAGCAAUAAUAGACGAAUCUGUGAAAAAAGUUGAAGAAGUAACCAAAGAAAUAAAAGAAGAAAUGGGGGACAAACUGGAACUUGUUACAGAAAAAGUGGAAGUAACCGCUCAAGAAGCAGUUGAGAAAGUAGAGGAAACUACAAAGACGAUUGAUACAACCCUUAUAAAAACCGGUGAACAACUUGAACAUUUGACCAAACAUACCACAGGAGAAAGUAAAACAAUAGUCGAAGAUAUAACACAGACGUUUGAGGAAGUAUCCAAAAAUCUGGAAGACAAAACAAGUAUUGUAACUGAAGAAGUCACCAAAAAAGUCGAAGAAGUACAGGCUGUAGCUGAAGAAGUCUCCAAAAAGGUGACUGACGUUCAAGAUUUAGCUAUUGAUAAGGCUAAGGUAGCUCACGAAGAAAUCUCAGAAACAGUGACUACACUAACCAAGAUAACCGAAGUUGUUCAAACCACAGCAGAAACUGCUAAAGCUGCUACAGAGACUGUAACAGAAAAACUUGCUGACGUUACAGAGGCCGCCGAAGUUCAAAUAAAGGCUGUUACAGACGGAAUAGACAAACUUAUUGAAGACUCUACAGCAGAAGUUACCACAAGUGUUAGCACCACAGUUGAAAACAUUAAAACCGAUAUCUCCACUGGCAUAGGUGGAUUCCUCAAGGAUGUCACGAGUAGCAUUUUCGGCACUACAGAGAAAAAACAUGAGGAGUUAAAGGAAAUCACUGAAGAAAUAACAAAAACCGAACAAAUUGAACUGGGAUCAUUACCAGCUACUUCAAAAUUACCACUUGAACUGAGCACAUUUUCGACCGAAUUAAGAGAAACGCAUAUUACCACAGUAGAAUCUCCUGAAUUCAAAGUAACACUGACCGACCGCGAUGAAACCAUACUGCACGAUAUUAAAGAAGAGGAUGAAGAGCACAGGAUAUCACCUCCCACAACGAAACCACCAAUAUUCAGUGAACAGCCCCUGCGACCCGUUUCACCACGUGAAGAAGAGGUUGCUAAAAUAGUAGCCGACGUUGCGAAAGUUUUGAAAUCUGAAAAAGAUAUAACUGAAAUAAUUCCCGAUUUUGAUGAAGAAAAGUUAGUGCAGCGUUUGAAAACACCAGAAGAACAAGAGCAGGAAGCGGUUACGGUACAAAGAAUGUUAGUAACCGCCAGCAGCGAAGAUGGUGGAGAAGAAAUAGACAUUUGUCCAAAAGGCAGUAUUGUAUUUACACCUACCAUGGCUCCAGAAACUAUACCAGAAAGAGUUUCUCCCAUUAAACCACUGGAUAUAGACUACCACCACUACCCCGAAGAUAUCGCCGCCGAUGAGUCGGAAAAGUCCUCCCCUGAGCUGCGAUCGGGCCCAAUUUCAAUUGAAGAAAAAGAUAAAAUUGAAGAGUCCGAAAAAGAACUGCGUAAAGAAGCGGCUGUGAAGGCUGCAAAAGUUGAGCGACUUGAACUAGCAGAAUCCUCACGCCCAGAAUCUGUUGCUAGUACCAAAGAUGAUAUUGAAGAAACUGUAGAAUCUCGAAGUGAAUCAGUUUUGUCGACUGCUGAAAGCAAGAAAGACGAUAAGUCACCAGCAGCUUCUAAGGAACCUUCACGGCCAGAAUCUGUUAUUAGCACUAAAGACGAGAAGAUUGAAGAAACUGCUGAAUCCCGACGUGAAUCAGUUUUGUCGACUGCCGAGAGUAUAAAGGAAGAGACUGUUGAAUCUCGACGUGAAUCAGUUUUGUCGACUGCUGAAAGCAAGAAAGACGAUACGUCACCAGCAGCUUCAAAGGAACCUUCACGGCCAGAAUCUGUUAUUAGCACUAAAGACGAGAAGAUUGAAGAAACUGCUGAAUCCCGACGUGAAUCAGUUUUGUCGACUGCCGACAGUAUAAAGGAAGAGACUGUUGAAUCUCCACGUGAAUCAGUUUUGUCGACUGCUGAAAGCAAGAAAGACGAUAAGUCACCAGCAGCUUCUAAGGAACCUUCACGGCCAGAAUCUGUUAUUAGCACUAAAGACGAGAAGAUUGAAGAAACUGCUGAAUGCCGACGUGAAUCAGUUUUGUCGACUGCUGAAAGCAAGAAAGACGAUAAGUCACCAGCAGCUUCUAAGGAACCUUCACGGCCAGAAUCUGUUAUUAGCACUAAAGACGAGAAGAUUGAAGAAACUGCUGAAUCCCGACGUGAAUCAGUUUUGUCGACUGCAGAGAGUAUAAAGGAAGAGACUGUUGAAUCUCGACGUGAAUCAGUUUUGUCGACUGCUGAAAGCAAGAAAGACGAUACGUCACCAGUAGCUUCUAAGGAACCUUCACGGCCAGAAUCUGUUGUUAGCACUAAAGACGAGAAGAUUGAAGAAACUGUUGAAUCCCGACGUGAAUCAGUUUUGUCGACUGCUGAAAGCAAGAAAGACGAUAAGUCACCAGCAGCUUCUAAGGAACCUUCACGGCCAGAAUCUGUUAUUAGCACUAAAGACGAGAAGAUUGAAGAAACUGCUGAAUCCCGACGUGAAUCAGUUUUGUCGACUGCCGAGAGUAUAAAGGAAGAGUGUGUUGAAUCUCGACGUGAAUCAGUUUUGUCGACUGCUGAAAGCAAGAAAGACUAUACGUCACCAGUAGCUUCUAAGGAACCUUCACGGCCAGAAUCUGAUGUUAGCACUAAAGACGAGAAGAUUGAAGAAACUGUUGAAUCCCGACGUGAAUCAGUUUUGUCGACUGCUGAAAGCAAGAAAGACGAUAAGUCACCAGAAGCUUCUAAGGAACCUUCACGGCCAGAAUCUGUUAUUAGCACUAAACACGAGAAGAUUGAAGAAACUGCUGAAUCGCGACGUGAAUCAGUUUUGUCGACUGCCGAGAGUAUAAAGAAAGAGACUGUUGAAUCUCGACGUGAAUCAGUUUUGUCGACUGCUGAAAGCAAGAAAGACGAUACGUCACCAGUAGCUUCUAAGGAACCUUCACGGCCAGAAUCUGUUGUUAGCACUAAAGACGAGAAGAUUGAAGAAACUGCUGAAUCCCGACGUGAAUCAGUUUUGUCGACUGCCGAGAGUAUAAAGGAAGAGACUGUUGAAUCUCGACGUGCAUCAGUUUUGUCGACUGCUGAAAGCAAGAAAGACGAUACGUCACCAGUAGCUUCUAAGGAACCUUCACGGCCAGAAUCUGUUGUUAGCACUAAAGACGAGAAGAUUGAAGAAACUGUUGAAUCCCGACGAGAAUCGGUUAUGUCGACUGCCGAGAGCAAAAAGGAAGAAACUUUGGAAUCUCGACGGGAAUCAGUUUUGUCGACUUCCGAUAGCAAGAAAGAGGAUAAGUCACCAGUAGCUUCUAAGGAACCUUCACGGCCAGAAUCUGUUGUUAGCACUAAAGACGAGAAGAUUGAAGAAACUGUAGAAACUCGACGUGAAUCGGUUUUGUCAACUGCCGAGAGCAAGAAAGACGAUAAGUCGCCAGUACCUUCAAAGGAAACUUCACGGCCAGAAUCUGUUGUUAGCACUAAAGACGAGAAGAUUGAAGAAACUGUAGAAUCUCGACGUGAAUCAGUUUUGUCGACUGCUGAAAGCAAGAAAGACGAUAAGUCACCAUUAGCUUCUAAGGAACCUUCGCGCCCAGAAUCUGUUGUGAGUAGUAAAGAUGAGAAGGAAGAAAUUGUAGAAUCUCGACGUGAAUCAGUUUUGUCGACUGCCGAAAGCAAGAAAGACGAUAAGUCACUAGCAGCUUCUAAGGAACCUUCACGGUCAGAAUCUGUUGUUAGCACUAAAGACGAGAAGAUUGAAGAAACUAUAGAAUCCCAACGUGAAUCGGUUUUGUCGACUGCCGAGAGCAAAAAAGAAGAAACUGUGGAAUCUCGACGUGAAUCAGUUUUGUCGACUGCCGAAAGCAAGAAAGACGAUAAGUCACCAGUAGCUUCUAAGGAACCUUCACGGCCAGAAUCUGUUGUUAGCACUAAAGACGAGGAGAUUGAAGAAACUUCUGAAUCCAGACGAGAAUCACUUUUGUCGACUGCUGAGAGCAAAAAGGAAGAAACUGUUGAAUCUCGACGUGAAUCAGUUUUGUCGACUGCCGAAAGCAAGAAAGACGAUAAGUCACCAGUAACUUCUAAGGAACCUUCACGGCCAGAAUCUGUUAUUAGCACUAAAGACGAGAAGAUUGAAGAAACUGCUGAAUCCCGACGUGAAUCAGUUUUGUCGACUGCUGAAAGCAAGAAAGACGAUAAGUCACCAGCAGCUUCUAAGGAACCUUCACGGCCAGAAUCUGUUAUUAGCACUAAAGACGAGAAGAUUGAAGAAACUGCUGAAUCCCGACGUGAAUCAGUUUUGUCGACUGCCGAGAGUAUAAAGGAAGAGACUGUUGAAUCUCGACGUGAAUCAGUUUUGUCGACUGCUGAAAGCAAGAAAGACGAUACGUCACCAGUAGCUUCUAAGGAACCUUCACGGCCAGAAUCUGCUGUUAGCACUAAAGACGAGAAGAUUGAAGAAACUGUUGAAUCCCGACGUGAAUCAGUUUUGUCGACUGCCGCAAGCAAGAAAGACGAUAAGUCACUAGCAGCUUCUAAGGAACCUUCACGGUCAGAAUCUGUUGUUAGCACUAAAGACGACAAGAUUGAAGAAACUAUAGAAUCCCGACGUGAAUCAGUUUUGUCGACUGCUGAAAGCAAGAAAGACGAUAAGUCACCAUUAGCUUCUAAGGAACCUUCACGGCCAGAAUCUGUUGUGAGUAGAAAAGAUGAGAAGGAAGAAACUGUAGCAUCUCAUUUGUCGACUGCCGAAAGCAAGAAAGACGACAAGUCACCAGUAGCAUGUAAGGAACCUUCACGGCCAGAAUCUGUUGUUAGCACUAAAGACGAGGAGAUUGAAAAAACUUCUGAAUCCAGACGAGAAUCAGUUCUGUCGACUGCCGAGAGCAAAAAGGAAGAAACUGUUGAAUCUCGACGUGAAUCAGUUUUGUCGACUGCCGAAAGCAAGAAAGACCAUAAGUCACCAGUAGCUUCUAAGGAACCUUCACGGCCAGAAUCUGUUGUUAGCCCUAAAGACGAGAGGAUUGAAGAAACUUCUGAAUCUCGACGUGAAUCAGUUUUGUCGACUGCCGAAAGCAAGAAAGACGAUAAGUCACCAGUAGCUUCUAAGGAACCUUCACGGCCAGAAUCUGUUGUUAGCACUAAAGACGAGAAGAUUGAAGAAACUAUAGAAUCCCGACGUGAAUCAGUUUUGUCGACUGCCGAGAGCAAAAAGGAAGAGACUGUGGAAUCCCGAAGUGAAUCAGUUUUGUCGACUGCCGAAAGCAAGAAAGAUGAUAAGUCACCAUUAGCUUCUAAGGAACCUUCACGGCCAGAAUCUAUUGAUAGCACUAAAGACGAGAAGAUUGAAGAAACUAUUGACUCUCUACAUGAAUCAGAUUUGUCGACUGCCGAAAGCAAGAAAGACGAUAAGUCACCUGUAGCUUCUAAGGUACCUUCAAGGCCAGAAUCUGUUGUUAGUACUAAAGACGAGAAGGUUGAAGAAACUGUAGAAUCCCGACGUGAAUCAGUUUUGUCGACUGCCGGGAGCAAAAAGGAAGAAACUGUGGAAUCUCGACGUGAAUCAGUUUUGUCGACUGCCGAAAGCAAGAAAGACAAUAAGUCACCAGUAGCUUCUAAGGAACCUUCGCGGCCAGAAUCUGGUGUGAGCACUAAAGACGAGAAGAUUGAACAAACUAUAGAAUCCCGACGUGAAUCAGUUUUUUCGACUGCCGAGAGCAAAAAGGAAGAAACUGUGGAAUCUCGACGUGAAUCAGUUUUGUCGACUGCCGAAAGCAAGAAAGACGAUAAGUCACCAUUAGCUUCUAAGGAACCUUCGCGGCCAGAAUCUGUUGUUAGCACUAAAGACGAGAAGAUCGAAGAAACUAUAGAAUCCCGACGUGAAUCAGUUUUGUCGACUGCCGAGAGCAAAAAGGAAGAAACUGUGGAAUCUCGACGUGAAUCAGUUUUGUCGACUGCCGAAAGCAAGAAAGACGUUAAGUCACCAUUAGCUUCUAAGGAACCUUCACGGCCAGAAUCUGUUGAUAGCAUUAAAGACGAGAAGAUUGAAGAAACUAUUGACUCUCUACAUGAAUCAGAUUUGUCGACUGCCGAAAGCAAGAAAGACGAUAAGUCACCUGUAGCUUCUAAGAAACCUUCACGACCAGAGUCUGUUGUUAGCACUAAAGACGAGAAGAUUGAAGAAACUUCUGAAUCCAGACGAGAAUCAGUCUUAGCGACUGCCGAAAGUACGAAAGACGAUAAGUCACCUGUAGCUUCUAAGGUACCUUCAAGACCAGAAUCUGUUGUUAGCGCUAUAGACGAGAAGAUUGAAGAAACUGUAGAAUCCCGACGUGAAUCAGUUUUGUCGACAGCCGAAAGCAAGAAAGACGAUAAGUCACCAUUAGCUUCUAAGGAACCUUCACGACCAGAGUCUGUUGUUAGCACUAAAGACGAGAAGAUUGAAGAAACUUCUGAAUCCAGACGAGAAUCAGUCUUAGCGACUGCCGAAAGUACGAAAGACGAUAAGUCACCUGUAGCUUCAAAGGUACCUUCAAGACCAGAAUCUGUUGUUAGCACUAUAGACGAGAAGAUUGAAGAAACUGUAGAAUCUCGACGUGAAUCAGUUUUGUCGACUGCUGAAAGCAAGAAAGACGAUACGUCACCAGUAGCUUCUAAGGAACCUUCACGGCCAGAAGUUAUUAAGAGUACGAAAGACGAAAAGAUUGAAGAAACUUCUGAAUCCCGUCGUGAAUCAGUUUUGUCGACUGCCGAGAGCAAAAAGGAAGAGAUUGUAGAAUCUCGACGUGAAUCCCUUUUGUCGACUGCUGAGAUCAAGAAAGAUGAUAAGUCACCAUUAGCUUCUAAGGAACCUUCGCGGCCAGAAUCUGUUGCGAGCACUAAAGAAGAGACGAUUGAAGAAACGGUUGAAUCCCGACGUGAAUCAGUGUUGUCGACUGCCCAGAGCAAAAAGGAAGAGACUGUGGAAUCCCGAAGUGAAUCAGUUUUGUCAACUGCCGAGAGCAAAAAGGAAGAAACUGUUGAAUUUCGGCGUGAAUCAUUUUUGUCGACUGACCAGAGCAAAAAGGAAGAGACUGUGGAAUCCCGAUGUGAAUCAGUUUUGUCGACAGCCGAAAGCAAGAAAGACGAUAAGUCACCAGUAGCUUCUAAGGAACCUUCACGACCAGAGUCUGUUGUUAGCACUAAAGACGAGAAGAUUGAAGAAACUUCUGAAUUCAGACGAGAAUCAGUCUUAGCGACUGCCGAAAGUACGAAAGACGAUAAGCCACCAGCAGCUUCUAAGGAACCUUCAGGACCAGAGUCUGUUGUUAGCACUAAAGACGAGAAGAUUGAAGAAACUAUAGAAUCCCGACGUGAAUCAGUUUUGUCGACUGCCGAGAGCAAGAAAGGCGAUAAGUCACCAUUAGCUUCUAAGGAACCUUCACGGCCAGAAUCUGUUGUUAGCAUUAAAGACGAGAAGAUUGAAGAAACUGUGGAAUCCCGAUGUGAAUCAGUUUUGUCAACUGUCGAAAGCAAGAAAGACGAUAAGUCUCCAAUAGCCUCCAAAGAACCAUCUCGACCAGAAUCUGUCGCCAGCACUAAAGGCGAGAAAAUUGAGAAGAAGUCACCAGUAUCUUCUCGACCGGAAUCGUUUGCUAGUACUGACGAUGUGAAGAUUGAAGAAACUGUUAAAUUCCAAAGUGGACCUGCUGACAGAAAAGAAGUGAAAGGUAUCCAAGAUGAAACCGUUGUUCAGGAUAUAAGAUUAGGAGGAAGAAUUACCACCAUCUAUUCUCAACAGGAAAAGAUUAAGGAAAGCAACGAAUCUAAGUCCGAAGAAAACCUUACUGCUUCUGAAUCUAGUACUGCACAUACAUCAUUAGAAGAAAGGAAAGCUGAAGCACUCACAAUUUCUGAAUCCAUAUCAGUAGAGGAUGGUGCUGCUAGAGAAUCACUUUCCAGUUUUGUUGCAAGCAAAGAUGACAUUCAAAGCCCCGAAUCCAAAAUAGUCGAGAAGACUGUGAAAAGUGAAAUUCUAACCAAAAUGGAAGGGUCCGUGACUCAUUUCGAAGAAUGUUCAUCAGAGUCCAUAAUUAGGCAAACCAGUGAUAUGACAUCAAAACAGGAAGAUGCGUGCACUACUGUUAAAACUGCCAUUCACAGUGAGGGUAUUGUACUAGACGGUAAAGAAACUCUAAAAGACACAGUGGCUGAGUUUUUGGCUACUGAAAAAAUUGUAUCAGCUAAGGAUAGUUUUGUAAGCGAUACAAAGACUACAAAAUCUUCCGGAGAAACCUUGGUGAAGACUUCAAAAACCACAACAACACAAUCGACAACAGGAUCUCGAAGAACAUCAGAUUUGCUGGCAAGCAUGAAGGACAGUUCACGAAGAGAAUCCGAGUUCAGCCAAACAAGCGAAGGACGGCACACACACAGCGAUCACGAAGACGAUGAUGAAGAUGAGAAUCUAAUUAGCAUGAAGGAGGGACGUUCUAAAUCUAUAGCCACAAUUAUGAUGACCAGCAUUUAUAAACCCUCCGAAGACUUUGAGACUUUCGAAAAACUCGAAGAAGAGGAAAGUGAAGAGCAUGCUGAGUGUCUGGCAACAUCCAAAACGACUGUCACCAAAACAACAACCGCCGUGCACCAAGCAAGUGAACAAGUAAGUGCCGUUGGUUCCGAGGUUAAGUCAAAAACGUCAACAAAAUUGGAUACCAUAAUCUUAACACAACCACUUGAGAGUGAUCCAAAGACACCACCCACUGCACCAGUUAGUCCUGGCAUAAAACACACUACAACUGGCGCCAGCACUGUAACCACCAUUACAACAACAUUGAGUGAAACUUGCGGCAGCAGCGCAGCUUCAGUAAGCGGCCCACUAUCGCCAAGAGAUGUUAGCGGUAAGUCGAGCCCCGGUGCACUCACCUCUGAAAGUCAAUCAUUACCAACACCGUUUGGUCGCGGUUCUCUUACAGAUGCGUCCGAAACAUCGCCAAAGCCAACAUCGCCAUUCCCGCGCGUAAGCAAAGAAGAGCUGAAAUCAGCCAGCGCCGCCGUCGGUGAAGCCGCCAGUUCCUUUGCGACGCAAGAGUACAGCGAGAGCAUGCUGCCAGAUUUACAUGAGCUGCGCGGCAUUGAGAAGACAACUGCGCUUAGUGGGAGCACUGAGAAAAUAAUCACAACAACUAUCACAACAGUGACCAAAGUGAUAUCCAGCGAUGGCAAAGAAAUCGUUAUGGAAGAAAAGACGGUUACCACUACAGACACCACAGAGCCAGAUGGUGAAAAGGUGACUGUGACCACCACACGCACAACCAGCGAGAGUGACAAGAGCGAUCACAUAUUACCCAAAGAGGUGGCGUUGCUGCGCGGCGCAUACCGUUCUUCCACACCCGGCAGCGAUGAUGAGCGCAUGACUGGCGCUUACAUGAGCGAUGAUGAGCUGCCCGCAUCGCCACGCAGCCUUGCCUCAUCACAUGGCGCAAGCUAUGAACUGCAACGCUCCAGCUCGGGCGUAAGCAAGCGUUCCGACUUCGAUGUGGACGAUAGCCAAGAUGAUAUACCGCCACAGUAUGGCAGCGAAGAGCACUCUUCCGCGCGCGCUGUAUCCUCAACAAUCAGCUGCCUGCAAAAGAUCGCGGAUCCAAUGAGUACAUCAUUUUAUGGCGCAUUGCCAGACAGUUUCGACACCAAACCAACUGCGCCCAUACCCAUAUGUGGCACCACAACGCGUACCAUUACCACGCGCACCUAUGUCGCCGACUCGCCCGCUAGCCAAUCCACAGAGAGCAUCGAGAGCACUAGCCAAACCUCAGCCAGCCGUCAAGUAAUCAGCGGCGGCACACGCGCCAGCGUUGACAGUGGUGAUCACAAAUUCCUUGAAGAGGCCGACAUGGAUUUCGAAAAGGCGCUCGAGGAGCAUGUGCAAGUGCGUGGCGCUGAUGUUAUGUCUUCGGUAACCGCCAAGUAUUCGUAUUCACCUUCCAAAGCAGAAGAGGUGGAGCAUAGUGUGGCCAGCGUUGAAAAGCCAAAAUUCCCGUUGGUCGACGUACAGAAGACACGCUUCACCGAAACCGGCACUACUGUUUCCAGCAGCAGCACUCACACCAGCAGUACCGUCGAAAGCGCAACUGAAAGCAAAGAUGGCAAGACAACAACUACUACGACCACAACAACAACUAGUAGCGCUGAGGGUGAAGGCGCACAAGAUUUCGGCACAGCUGCAACCGAGACAACAACAACCACCAUCACGACGUCAUCAAGCGCUACCGGAGCACUGCCUAAAGACCCACUAAAGGAAUGGGGUAAACCACUAGGACUGCCAUCGCCAGCACCGCUGCCCGUUGAGGGUGAUGUGCGCACCACACCGAAAAAGGAGCGUCGCUUAGUGGCCACUAAGACGCGUCUAAACAACGAAAAGAAUCUACGCAAACGUUCCGAGUCGCCUAAUAAGGCCAAGAAGCCGGCACCCGUUUACGUUGAUCUCACCUAUGUACCACACAAUGGCAAUUCAUACUACUCGCACGUAGAGUUCUUCAAGCGUGUACGUGCGCGCUACUAUGUCUUCUCGGGCACCGAACCCAGUCGUCAAGUGUACGAUGCGCUGUUGGAGGCUAAGCAAACAUGGGAGGACAAGGACUUGGAGGUCACCAUAAUACCCACAUACGAUACCGAUGUGCUCGGCUAUUGGGUUGCUGAGAAUGAGGAGCUUUUGGCCAAAUAUCGUAUUGAUUUAUCGCCUUCAGCAUCGCGUUGCACAAUCAACUUGCAAGAUCACGAGACAUCGUGCGCCGCCUAUCGCUUGGAGUUCUAGGCCACGGGGAUGUUCAUUUCGUUCGCCGACGCCGAAAAUCUCAUACAACUUUACAACUAAAAGCUUAACUCUACUAAAUACUUUAAGUACUAAAACAUAAGAACAAACUAAAAGAUUAAAUUAAAAACGAAAAAUCAAAACAAACUAAAAUGGCAAUGAAGCUUUUGACCGAACAUCAAUCGUGAAGCUUUUUAUGGAAACCACACAAAAUUUUCAUAAACUAACUAGCAAACAAUAACAACACAUGAAAGCUUUCUUGGCUAAAACUUGCAUGUAGAUGCGUUAGGUGUGCGUACCUAAGCAGCCACUGCAAAAUACAAUAGCUAGCGAAAGCUUUCACGCUUCAAAAGCCCACAACUCAACGUUGCAACACAAGCGCUAAUACAAAAGCUUGACAUACCUAUCGAAGAACAUAAAAUCAAAUACAUAUAACUGUGAAAGUGAAAUGAGUGAAAGCUUAACAGAGCUUUGCGCUAUUACAAGUACACAGCUUUGUAGCAGCUUUUGCGCAAUUUUGGUGUAAUGAAAGUUAUUAGCAUAGCAAGGCAUGAGCAUAAUUAUGGCGGAGUUUUUGGUGUACUACACGAGAUUUUGUAAUUGGAAGAAAUUUAGUGUAGCGCCAUUUUGUUUAUUGAUGCCGCACAUUUUUAUGCGAACUGUCCGCAGGCAAUAUAACAGAAAAAAGCCACUAGCAGUGCAAUUGUAUUUCUUGAAAAUUAAAGAAGUAAUUAAAUGCAUAUUUGUUGAAGAUAUUUAAUUACAUAAAAGUCAAAUAUACAGACAUAUGCACUGCAUCAUGCAUAUAAAGAAGUAAAUGAAGAAAAAAAUAUAUUGAGAUAUUAUAAACCGUGGUAAAAACAAAGAAAUAAAAUAAAAUAUAAGAAGAUACAGAAAAAAGCUUAAAACACCUAUAAAAGCGAAAGUUGAAGAAGAUGAAGAGACAAAAAAUAUAUUAAAAGAGUGGAAAGUAAAUCAAAGGAUAAAUAAACAAGUUUUGAACUAAAAGAAUAUAAUUUAGAAAUCAGAAGUUUAAAAAAAUACAAAUAAAAAUUUAAAAAAAUAUAUAUAAAACAUAAAGAAUUUUAAAAUAUAUAAAUAGUAUAAUGAAA